CUUCUGAAAUAAACAACCAUUUUCUGAAACACCAAAAACAAAUUGCUGGAGAAAUUCGGCAGGUCUGGCAGCAGCUGUGGAAAGAGAAACAAGGAUAACGUUUGGAGUCCGGUGACCCUUAUUCAGGGCAGCACUUUCUGGAGGAAGGUUUCGGUUCCGGCUCUGACUGCACCCUCCAGCUGGGAUAAUCUAGAAGAUAACAAUGCCUCGUGGAAGUGCCUCAAGCAACCAUUCCAAUGCAAGUAAUGGAGACAUGGAGGGACUUGCUGAAACAGAGUUGGCAAAGCUGCAGCAUCAGUUUCGAAUCAUGGAAGGAGACUGCCAGGCCUACACGCUUGAGUCACAGCAGCUGCUCAGGAAACAGUUGGCGGAAAUUGAGAACCUGGAAAAGGAACGUGAGGAGCUAAUGUUGAACCUAAGGCUGUUAGACAGUAAACGCAACCAGAAAGAGGACCAGGAAAACAUUGAAAGUGUUCAGAAUAUGCUCGGCUACCAGGAAGAACUGGAGGACCAAAUUGCUAGAGAGAAGCAAAUGAUCAUGGAUCUUGAACAUGAGGUAAAGAUAUUGAAGCAAAAGAUCUUUGAGCAGAAGAAGGGCUUGAGUAAAAAUGUAAAUGUUCAACUGAUGAAUGAACAAACAGUGAAGAACAUUGGAAUCAUGGAGGACAGGUUGGACAGGGCCCUGAGGAAGUUUAAUACCCAGCUUACGAGGAAUGGGGAGUUGAGGGAGCAGAUUGACACUCUACGUGUUGAGCGUGCAAGGUUUGAGCAGCUCCAGAAAAAACUGGGAAAAGAACUUCUCGAGAUUCGAAAGGAAAUUGGUUCUGUGAUUGACACUUCAACUGCUGCAUACGAAGCUAGGGAUGAGGCACAGACAAAGAUGCAGCAGAUGAAGGAGAAGGCAGAAAAGGACCUGGCACUGCAUGCGGCUGAGAUGAAGGAACUUCAAAGAGUUAUUGACCACGAUAGGAAGCUGAAGGAGUUUAUGGGAAUUAAAACUCAGGAGCGAUUGAGUGAAGAUGAGGCAUUACACGGCUUCCACAAGCGAGAACGUGGAGACUCAGCAAGGAAAAAGAAGGACACAAGGGAAGAGACUGUGGAGAUGUAUGAAGCUGCCUUCCAGCAGAUCCGAGCACUCACAGGAGAGGACAAUCUGAAUGUGGUGGUGGCAAAGUUCAAAGAAGUGGAAGAUCGGAACUUUGCAUUGUUUAAUUACAUCAAUGAGCAGAACAGUGAAAUUGAGAGACUGCAGGAGGAGAUUGUUGAUAUCCAGGCACAAAUUGAAGUCUUCAAAUCACAAGAACAACAAAGGGAGCAAGAACAUAAAGUCAUUCUAAAGAAGAUCGAAACUCAACAGGAGGAAGCAAGCAAACAGGCUACCAAAUAUGACAACAGAAUCAAAGGGGUCAGAAAGAUACUCGACCAACUCAAAGAAAAAAUUGAUUCACUAUUUAAUGGAAUGAACUGUGAUCGAUCUGUUUUGGAUGAAAUGUUGGGGUCUUCAUCUGGAAUCCGGGAUAAUAAUGUAAUGCAGUACCUGGGCCUCAUUGAACAGCGCACCAAUGAACUACUGUCUAUCCAAUCCUACCUUGCAUCUAAGGAUUAUGACAAGCCUUAUGACCCACGGGAAGCUGCCAUUUUGUUAAUGGGCCAGAAUCUGAAAAAGCCUCCACCACCAGUCUACAUUGAACCUCCCAGCACAGGAAAUGAUAAUGACAGUGACAUGGAGUCUCCAGUGACUGAUGAGGAGGAGAGGCCCCUGACUCAGAAUGAACUACGGCAAAGAAUAUUGAAAGGGGUGAUGAAGAAAGAAGCAAAGGCUUUAAAGAAAAGCAGCCAUUAUGACCACUAACUGCAAAAGUUCUGAAGGCCUCAAAGUAGUACUAUCAACCAUGAAAUGCUGAAGAAGAUCAUAUUCACAAGAUUUACUACUUCAUGCUUACAGAAAUUGCCAUGACUGCACCAUUUUCUCUUUCCAGUCUCUUUACUCAGUAUGUUUUUUCCCUAAAUUUGUUCAUGGGAUGUGGGCAUCACUGGCUAGGCCAUCUCUAAUUGCCCUGGAGGAAGUGAUGGUGAGUUGCCUUCUUGAACCAGUGUAGUCUUUGGCAUGUGUAGACACUCACAGUGCUGUGAGGAAGGGAGUUCUGUGUUGACUCUUUGCUGGCUGUCAAUUUUAGAUCACAGUGCAUUUUUUAAAUUAGAAGUCUUGUAAUUGCAGAAUAAGCAUGAAUGGAAUUAAAUCAUUGCCCCUUGUAUAAUUCUGUCAAGAGGAACUUGCCAGGUCACUCUAAAUAGUAUUAGCUAUGAAUUUGCUUAUGGAUGCAGAUUGUUGAAGCUGAGAAUUGGAAACUCCCAAGAGUUAAUUAAUUGGGAUAAUCAUGGUCAUGGAAACACUGUAGGUCAUUAAUAGUAAUUGCUAUAGUUCAAUAUUUAUAAUAAGCUAUUCUUUUGUAAUUAAAUAGCGAGAAGCAUAUUGCCUCUUUGAUUCAGUGAGUAUGAUUCAGUCUGGACAGUGACUUCACCAGAUUUUUCUGCCCCAAAUUAGCUGGAAGUCUCUGUUGAAAGGCCAUUGGGUACAGAGUUAUGUUUGAGAGCAAAAGGACAUUGAGUGAGAAACUCAGUGUUUGUCAUAAUCCUAAAAGAAUUUAAACUUCCAUACACAGCUAUUAUCUUCUGGUUAUGCUGAUGUAAAAUGUCUUUGGUAAGUUUUUUUCCAUUAAAGGCACUAUGUAACUGCAGUUAUUAUUGUUGGCAUGAGGUUUAGGUAUCUGAUGAUAACACAAAGUUGCAUUUAUAAUAUUACUUUCAACAUGAUGACAUAUCCUAAGGCUCUAAAGAGAAACCAUGCUGAAUCUUUAAGUGUAACAUUCUGAAAAUUGAGCUUCUUGUCGAUUCAAUUUACACGGAUUAGAUCACUGUGUUUCAACUUGAUUAGAGUGUUUCUCUGGUCUAUUUCUAUAAUAACAGAAACAUUUGUGACAGCAUUUAAUCCACUCUGAUAGAUGUGUAAAAUAUGGGUUUUCUGUCACACUCUGUAAUAAUUUACUGAGGCUCCUUCCAUUACUUAGAAGGACAAGGGCAACAGGUUCAAAAUAUUUCCAGCUCUAAAUAUCCCUCCAAGUCAGAUUCCCUUUGUCAUCGUGUGAAAAUAGCUUUCACAUUCCAACAAUGAAUACAGAUAUUUGCUAGUUAGAAUGCAUUCUAAUGAUACAUUUUAAUUUUAAAGUAGUUUGAAAUGUAGGCAACUUAGUUGAACACUGCUGCGAGCCAUGCCCAUCAUUUUCACUUUAGCAUGGUUAGUGUGUGACUCAGUACCUCUUCAGCCAGGACUCUUGCCCUUCAGAACUCAGGGUAACUCCUUAGAAUUAGCAAAUAAAAGACACUUUUAAUCUUGGAAGUUCCAGAAUCUUUUGUUUUAAUUUGCAAUUAAAAAUAACAAAAUAAUUCUAAAUUUUCAUAUUCAGUAUUAAUCUGAUUGUAAUUUAUAAGUAAAUUCACUUCUUGUACAAAUAAAAUAAAACUAUUCACACUAAAAUUUGGAAAUCACUUUUACUUGUCUUUUUCUGAUGUUUUGCUUGGUG